UUAGCUUAAAUGUUGGUUUGUCACAAACUUUUCAUUAUAAUGACCUGCCAAUGCAAUUGUAAUAGGUUUUACAUCAUGAGCCUUCAGAGCCGACCGUUCAGGUUUUCAACGAUCACGCAUCAUGCGAAUGUGACACAAUGCCUUGGAUCAAUCGGAGGUCAUGUUUGGUAUCUCGGAGUUGCUAAGCCAUCCUUGGUGGAUUCGAAAGAAGUUGAGAAAGAAAAGAGGAAGAUAGCAGUGCAAUCUCGUUUCAGUCAUUUCUACCUGUCUCCAGCCAUUGAUGAUGUUCAUGUUUUCAGAAUUUCUGGUCCUAAGUUUAUUAAACUUAAUUGCGGAACAUGGCAUGCCGGACCUUUGUUCAGAGCGGAUGCAAUGGACUUCUACAACUUAGAGCUAAGCGAUACCAAUGUUGCGGAUCAUACAACACACUCCUUCAAGGAAAAUGGAGUCAUGUUUUCAUUUGAUGAGUAGCCGUGCCUUUCUUUGUUGGCGAGCUCGAUUCAUCAAUGGAAACAAACUGGUUCGAAAGGAAUUGCAGAUGCCAGAGAUGACUGAAAAUUGACAUUCAUCAUUGAAAGCUAGUUCUAAAGGAAUUGGAAAUAUCCGGUCAUUUUCACAGUGUGAAAACUUUCCAUAUUUACUAGCAAAAUAUAUUGGAUUUACAUUUUAAUUUCUCAUGCCUCGAUGUUAUACUGCGAUCAACAUGUGGAUUUUGUUCUUGGUCGAGUUUC